AUGACGGUGACGGCAGUGAACGCACAAGAUGGGGGCAACUGCAGCACGGUCGGCUGCGACGGCAACCACCGCGACAGUUGCUCGGCGGAACUUGCAGUGAAGGCGGACGACCAUAAGGUGGCUUGUCGAAGCACGUGCGGCGUGUUUAACGCCGAUAAGUAUUGCUGCCGAGGCGCCUUCGGCCUCCCGGAUUCCUGCCAGCCCACGACCUACUCCAAGCUUUUCAAGAAGGCGUGCCCCGCCGCCUACAGCUACACAUACGACGAUCCGACAAGCAUCUUUACAUGCACCGGCGCCGAUUACACUAUGUCUUUCUGCUCUAAAAGCAUCCAGAAGCGGAGGCAGAGAGUCUGCACCUACCACAUCAACCAGCUUAUUUGCAGUGGAUUGUUGGGAAGAGCAUCCACAGGGAAAUGGCUGCUUCCGCUGCUCUUAUGCUCUGCGAGCUUGUUGUGGAUGCUGCCAGCAGGGGCUGAUAUCUAUCAAGUGCCUAACGAAGCCUGCACAGUGCCGAGCGGGCUAGCUCCCGAGCAAGCUUGA